GCCGUGCGGGCGGCGCCGAGGCGCGGGCGGGCGCGGCGGGAUGUCGGGGCCCAACGGAGACCCGCACGUGCUGGGCGGCGGCGCCGGCGACGACGGCGGCGAAGGCGGCGACACCUUCGAGGAGGAAGAAUAUGCAGCAAUAAACUCCAUGCUGGACCAGAUCAACUCCUGCUUGGAUCACCUGGAGCAGAAGAAUGAUCACCUACACAUCUGCUUGAAGGAACUGCUGGAGUCCAACCGUCAGACCCGGCUGGAGUUCCAGCAGCAGAGCAAGCAGCUGAACACAGGAGCUGAUGUGCAGGGAUCCCAGCCUCCUGCCUAGAGUCUGACCACACACUCUCAGCUGGUGGUGUUUAGGGGACAGUUACUGGUCACCAAUUUAAUGUAAAACUUGAAUAGCAGAGGUGCCUCGUGUUUGUUACUUGUUCCUUUCUGUGUUUGUAUCCUGCCAUUCGUCUCCAUGUUCUGUUUUCCUUUAGCUGUGAGGCAGGUGCAGAAGCACAAGGGUGGGUGUAGGAGAGCUGGUUCUUUCUGCUCCCCAACAUGAGCCUGGCACUCACACUUGGUUAAAGCUGGUUGUGGGAAACCUGAGGCCAGCCAGGCCCUCUUCACAGAGUGGAAAAAUUAUCUCUGCUCUUUUCCUUAAAUCCAAGCAAGGAGUAUUAUGGCUCUACCCCCUUCCCUGAGAAAGCAGUCAGCAGGGGCUGUCCCAACUCCAGGCUUGGCCCUAAGUGUAACUGAUGACAGCCCUGGAGAGGGAGGGCCUAGGCCAGCUGCUGCCUUGAAGCUACAGCUUCUCCUUUAGUCGCAUUAACUGUGAUGUACAAAAUACUGGCACAUGGUUCCAGAUCACUGGACACUUCCAGUGCAUUCCAAACAGAUAAGACAAGCUACCAGAGUGAUGUUUCUGACCAUUGUAACUGGGAGCUGCCCCACUCCUUCAGCUAUCAUUACAGACCGAGGUGUGGAGAGAGGCAGAGCAGCCUGGUUAGCCCCCACCACAGCAUCAGAGAGCAGAGCCCUCCCUGUACAUCCUGACAAGGCACGAGAGGUCUGAUCUGUACCUUGUGAUCUUGUCACUAUGUCCUAGAGCCAGCACUUUGGAAGCAAGUCUUACUGUUCUGCUUAUGUAGAGUUAAAGGAGUUUUUUUGAAAGUUAAAGAGGUUAUUUAAAAGAAAUCUGUUUUAUUAAAAUCAGUUUGAAACAAAA